AUGGUGCCGGUGUCCAAGUAUCUAGUCCGCAAGCCAAAAGCGAUCUCGAAGCCCAUCGGGUCCGAGUCCUUGGAUGGUGGCAAUGAGCAGGGCAGUGGCAACCCUCAGGACAGUGGCAACCCACAGGAGAGUGGCAACCCACAGGAGAGUGGCAAUCCAGCUCCACGUGAGCUGCAGGGGUCCAAGGAAUCGGCGGACGUCCAGAUGAAGCCGCCGGGCUGUGACAAGGACAGCCGGAAUGCAGCUACUUAUGAGCCGAGUUUCCGCCAGCGAUCUCGCUCGCCUCGAACGAGGCGUGCAGAUUCCCAAGAAACGUUGGUCCUGGGCUCUUUGUGCUACGUCAGUUCUUCCGGAUCCGAGUAG